CGUUGAAUGAAAUUGCUCGCUGAUGCUUCCUUCCUGGCAUGCCACGCCGCAAGACAAAUUCUUUGGAUUUUGCAUCCAGGUUUUUGCUGCGUUGCUUCGCCUUUUGGGCAGCCCCGCUGGUCCUGGUGGUUUUGCUCAUCGCCGCACAUCCGGAUGAAGGCCCAAGUGCCUGGUAUGAAGAGAAAUCUUCGAUGCUGGCGGUCUUUGGAAUCACCAUGCUGUCGGUGCUGGGCGUUUUCGCCCACAGCUUGAUGGACUCGGGGCAGCUGGGCUCGGCAUGCUUGCUGUUCAACAUGAUUAUGCAGCUGCUGAUGGUCACCCUGUUUCUCAGCGGGGCGAGCAGCCCACCAUCUUCGGAAUCCCUUCGCACAGGGGACUUAGCGGUCCUUCCUGCCGAUGCACAUGCUUCAGUGGGCUACUUGCGCGGGCGGUUGCCGGGUGAUGGUGAAGGUCGCAUCUCUGUGGUCCUGCCUUGCCUGAACGAGAGUGAGUUUACCAUCCAAACAGUUCAGAGUUUCUGCAACAGGACACCGGCGGAGGUUCUGCAGGAGAUCAUUGUAGUGGAUGACGGCUCGCAGCCACCUCUCUCCAUAGAGCUACAAAGACGCAUUCAGCCCAACUGCCGCUUGCGUGUACUUCGGCACGAUGAUGGCCCUCGUGGCCUGAUGAUCGCCAAGCAAACAGGCGGCGAUGCAGCCAAAGGCGAGUUCAUCGGCUUCUAUGACUGCCACGUGGCACCACGAAGAGGAUGGUACAAAGAGACUAUCCAACUCCUCAAGGAGAAGUCGCGGAGGCUGGUCAUUCCCAUGAUUGGCGCAUUGAACAUUGAUACCUGGGAUGAAAUCCCCAAUGGGGGAUAUGUGGGCAAGUGCUGGGUCAAUUUCAAUGCUGACUGGUGGUGGUACGAUGAUGAGUCUGCUUAUUCCCCCGUCAUCAGUGGCGGGUUGGUUGCUACUACACGCAGCUGGUGGCAAGAAUCAGGAGGUUUUGAUCCUGGCAUGCAUGGUUGGGGUGGGGAAAAUACCGAGCAGCCCAUCAGAACCUGGCUUUGUGGCGGCGAUGUGGUGCGCGCGAAGAGCAGCAUAGUGGCGCACAUGUGGCGCACCGAGAAGGACAAGCGCACCAUUGCCAGAUACAAGAUUCGCCAGAAGUAUGACAAUGUCGCCCGCACGGCCGCUGCAUGGUGGGAUGAGUUUCUGCCCAAAUUUCGUGGCGGAAACGAGCCGCAUGUAGAUGUGUCCAAGACUAUGGAGUUGAAAAAGCGAUUAGGCUGCAAGCCUUUCGCUUAUUUCUUGCAUCGCUUUCGAAAGGUCUACCUCCAAAGCGGCAUGCUGCCGGAAAAGGUCUUUCGUAUUCGUAGUAGCAGCACGGGCAAAUGCCUGCGACGUCAGAAUCGAGGCUACCUCUUGAGCGACUGUUCUGGUGGCACAUGGCUGCACCAUGGGAACAUGAUUCCAGAAGCGUUUCCAAAGCCUGAAGCGCUUUCUCGAUUGAUUCAAUCGGCUGAUGACGAUGCCAAUUUGGAAACAAAUUGUGGUGGACACAAAGUGACCGGUGGUUGCAGUGCAUGCCCUCAGGGCCACGGCUCUGAAUGGUGCCACGCAGACUGCCAGUGGGUCUUUGCAGUAUGCAUGUCACGCGCAGAGGCUGCGAAGGUGAGUGCUCAGCCACUGGAGACCUGCUGCUCUGGCAUUCGAGAGUGGAAUUCUUUGGAUUGCUGGGCAGAUCUCACUGGCAAGGGCCCAGAGACUGCGCUAUGUGAUAUCACUGGGCGCAGCUCCCCUCAGCAGUUCAUGUUCGACGACGAUGGCCGCAUUUGGCACAGUACGGGGGAAUGCUUGGGUGUCAAAGAUGGUGAAGAACUGAAGAAAGGACACUGUGCUUCGGCUGAGAAGUGGGAGAUUGUUGAUGCCUUUGAGCCCUUUGAGACCCAAACCUACAAGAAAGCAGUUGUGAAGUACGGCCUUACGGAGGACACACCAGACCAUUGAAAGGGGACAAAGAGCCCGACAAUCAUAGAUUAUUUAGUCG